CUGUGGAUCCGGUGCGAAUGUCAGCUGUAGCGGAGACACCGAGGAGGUGGAAGAGGGAUUAACGACGGCUAACGGCGAGACCGCUUUGGGAAGACGACGAUUGUACUCUUGGUUUUGUAGAAGAGCGCCUGUCAGCUGGGGAACGGGCGUGGCUGGCUGUCCUGUUAGCUUGUUCGUUUAUAUAUCUGUCUGGAUUGGAGAUUUAGUGAUGAACUGAAAAUGAAUGUUAACCAGCAACCUCACAUGGCCUCUCCUUAUGGGCAGCCGCAGCCUGGCUACCAAGGCUACCCUCAGUCUGGUUAUGGGGGCCAGCAAGUGCCAGGUGGUUAUCCAGCCCAAUUUGCGCCAUACAAUGGCCCAGCUUCUGCCUACCAACCAGGCCCACCUCAAGGAUAUUCUCCUUAUGCAAGCUUUCCCUCUAAGGCUCUUGCAGCAAACUUAGUCUCUGACCUGUCCUCUUCCUCUCCUCUUGACUUAGGUGUUAGAGGACCCCCCACCUCUGGAGCACCCCCAGUGUCUGCUGCUCAGGCAUAUUCACAGUUUGGCCAGGGUGAAGUACAGAAUGGACCGCCAGCAAUGGGUCCCCCGCCACAGAGGUCGCCAGUGUCUCAGCCAUACAGUCAAGGAGCGAUGAACCUCACUGGUCCUCAGCCUCAAUAUAACCAGCAGUUUGGUGCACCACCAACCAGUAUGCAGCAGAUGACCACUCAAAUGGCAGGCAUGCAGGUUGGAUCCACCGUACCUUCUCCUGCAGGCCCAGGCUAUGCUCCUCCCACAAUCUCCCAGGCUCCUGUUUCUGCUGCUUACACACCUUCAGACCCUUCUUCUUAUGCCCCCACACCUACUGUCCCCUCUCAGCCCCCACCAGCUGAGAGAGUGCCUCAGAGUACACCUUCUCAGCCCUACUAUGGAGCACCUGCUCAGCAGCCUUUCCCAACUGCAGCCCCACCUUUCUCCGCUCCUGGUCCUGCCCAGGCCCCUGCUCCACCUCUUGCCUCACAACAAUCUUUCCCUCAAGGCCCUCCUCCCUCUCAACCACCGUUUUCUUCAGCACCACCCCAAGCUCCUCCGACUGCGUCGUAUGGUGGUCCGCUUCCCCCUGUGCAGGCGCCUCACCCUAGGGCACCACCUCCUACUUCACAGCCUUCUGCAUUCCCUGGAGGACCCCCACCCACCUCGACUCCGUCUCAAUAUCCAGGACCACCCAUGCCACAACAGUCUCCUGUGUCCCAGCCCUCACCUUUCCACUCAGGACCUCCUCCUCUACCCACCACUGCUGGUGGGUUUCCUCCCCAAGGAGGUGCUCCUCCCAGGCCCCUGCACCCAGGGAUGCAGGGUCCCCCUCUGGCCUCUCAGGGACCUCUGAUGUCCCAAGCAAACCAUGUAGCUCCCCCACAGCCUGGUAUGCUGCCUGGGCAACCCACAGCUGGUAUGGCCGGACCACCACCACCACAACAGCCAGGAAUGCAGGGCUAUCCACCACAGCAGAAUGGGGCUUUUGGGCAGGUGAGAGGUCCACAACCUGGCUAUGCCGGACAGUAUCCUGGACAGCAGAAUUAUGGGGCUGCACCUCCUGCACAGGCUCCUGCACCCUCUGCACCAAAGAGACUUGACCCAGACUCCAUCCCCAGCCCGCAAGCCUCUGACAUACCGCCUGUGCAGAAAACACGACAUAGAAUAGACCCAGACGCUAUUCCCAGCCCAAUUCAGGUGAUUGAGGAUGACAAAGCAAACAAAGGUAGUGAGCCUUUUGUCACAGGGGUCAGAGGUCAAGCCCCUCCUCUUGUCACUACUAACUUUCAAGUUAAAGAUCAAGGAAAUGCAAGUCCACGGUUCAUCCGAUGCACAUCCUAUAACAUGCCCUGCACCUCAGACAUGGCCAAACAGUCCCAGGUGCCCUUGGCUGCAGUAAUCAAGCCCCUGGCUACUCUGCCUCCAGAUGAAAUUCCCCCAUAUAUAGUGGACCAUGGAGAAGGUGGUCCUAUUCGCUGUAACCGCUGUAAGGCCUACAUGUGUCCCUACAUGCAGUUCAUUGAGGGCGGCCGACGCUUCCAGUGUGGUUUCUGCAGCUGCGUCACAGAGGUGCCUCCCCAUUACUUCCAGCAUCUGGACCACACAGGGAAGCGUGUAGACUGCUGUGACCGACCAGAACUCUCUAUGGGCAGCUAUGAGUUUAUGGCCACAGUGGAUUACUGUAAGAACAACAAGAUUCCCCAGCCCCCUGCUUUUAUCUUCUUGAUCGAUGUGUCAUAUAAUGCUGUGAAAAACGGCAUGGUGAGAAUGGUAUGCCAGGAGCUCAAGACCCUGUUGGACUAUUUGCCCAGAGAAAACCCUGAUGUGCAAUCCAAUAUACGAGUGGGCUUUGUAACCUACAACAAAGUACUGCAUUUCUAUAACGUGAAAGCAUCUCUGGCCCAGCCUCAGAUGAUGGUGGUCUCGGAUGUAGCGGACAUGUUCGUACCCCUCUUGGAUGGAUUUCUUGUUAAUGUGUCCGAGUCUAGGGUUGUGAUCGAGAGUUUGCUGGAUCAAAUACCCGACAUGUUUGCAGACACUCGGGAGACAGAGACCGUGUUUGGCCCUGUUAUCCAAGCAGGGCUUGAAGCACUUAAGGCUGCUGACUGUGCUGGAAAGCUCUUUGUCUUCCACUCCUCUCUGCCCAUUGCUGAGGCUCCAGGCAAGCUGAAGAACAGAGAGGACAAAAAACUGGUGGGCACAGACAAAGAAAAGUCAUUAUUCCAGCCCCAAAUAAGCUUCUACGCUAACUUGGCCAAGGAGUGUGUAACGCAGGGCUGCUGUGUGGAUCUCUUCCUGUUUCCUAAUCAGUACGUGGAUGUAGCCACUUUAGGGGUAGUCCCCACAUCAACAGGGGGUUCUGUCUACAAAUACACAUAUUUCCAGGCUCAGUCUGAUCAGGAGCGGUUCCUGAAUGAUCUUAGGAAAGAUGUGCAGAAGCCAAUGGGCUUUGAUGCAGUGAUGAGAGUCCGAACCAGCACUGGUAUCCGGGCCACAGACUUUUUCGGUUCCUUCUACAUGAGUAACACCACAGAUGUGGAGCUGGCAGGCUUGGACUGUGACAAGACUGUCACAGUGGAGUUCAGACAUGACGACAAGCUCAGUGAGGAGACCGGCGCGCUCAUGCAGUGUGCUGUACUUUACACCAGCUGUACUGGUCAGAGACGGCUACGUAUCCACAACAUGGCAGUGAACUGCUGUGCCCAGCUAGCUGACCUAUACCGGAACUGUGAGACAGAUACCAUCAUAAACUACUUUGCCAAGUAUGCAUAUCGCAGUAUUCUCAACAACCCUACCAAGAAUGUGCGGGACAGCUUGGUCAACCAGUGCGCCCAAAUCCUGGCAUGCUACCGCAAAAACUGUGCCAGCCCAUCCUCUGCUGGUCAGCUGAUCCUCCCAGAGUGUAUGAAGCUGCUGCCUGUUUAUCUAAACUGUGUUCUGAAAAGCGAUGUUCUGCACCCUGGAGCCGAUGUCUCCCUGGACGACCGCGCCUACCUGAGACAGCUGGUCAGCGCCAUGGAUGUGACAGAGAGCCAUGUGUUCUUUUACCCACGACUGCUACCAGUGCACAAGCUGGAUGUGGAAAGCGAUGCUCUUCCUGUAGCCAUUAGAGACUCUGAGGAAAGGCUGUCCAAAGGGGGAGUAUACCUGCUGGAGACUGGCUUGAACCUGUUCCUCUGGGUGGGGGCUAAUGCACAGCAAGAGCUCCUACAGAACAUUUUCGGCACUCCUGCAUUCAGCCAGAUAGACCCCAGCAUGACCUCUUUGCCGGUUUUGGAGAAUCCGUACUCGAAGAGGCUGAGGGAGAUUAUUGAGUCUUUCCGUAUGCAGCGCUCUCGCUACAUGAAGCUGAUGGUGGUGAAGCAAGAAGACAAACUGGAGCUGAUCUUUAAGCACUUCCUUGUGGAGGACAAAAACAACAGUGGCGGAGCAUCAUAUGUGGACUUCUUGUGUCACAUGCACAAGGAGAUUCGUCAGCUCUUGAGCUAGGAGAGCCCAUGUGCCCUUUACUCAGAUGCGCUUUAUCCUUUUUAUUUGACAAAAUAAUAAAUUAAAUCCCUCCUCCCAUCAUCUUUCUCCUCCUCUUAUAUAAUCUUCUCCAGGGCGAGGGGAAAAAGCCACCUGUUAUUAGGUUCAGGCAAGGAUUCUCUAUUUGAGGUCUGUAUGGUUUAUGGUUUUGGGUAGGAGGAUUGCAGGAUUGUCUGGUUGUAUGUGUGUCCGUGUGCAUGAAUGCUUGUAAACAUGAAAUGUGUAUCAGAUGCAUUUGAUCAAUCCUUAGCUUGUCAUAGCUCCUCAACUAUUGGGAUCACUUCAUUCAGAAGAUUCAAAAGUGCAAAAAACAGAUGUACACUUCUCAAUCAUGAAGUAGGGGCUCAAGUAGGCUUUGUGUGUGCGUGUGUGUGCGCGCUUGCGAGUAUGGGGGUUGGCGGUUGGACUGUGAACAGGCUGAUACUGGGGGAAACACUGGCACUGUACUGCGGGUGGGUAUAUGGGAGGCAUCAUGAACUGACAGCAUUAAUGAUUGAACCAGACGUUCUUACAAAAAAAAAGACAACAAACAGAAGAUCUUGAUUAUGAAACAUGAAACUUUCCUAAUAACUUAUUGUUUUCAUGAAUGUUUUGUUCAGUUAGUCCUUGUUUGUUUUCUUUCAACCAUGGCCUUACUGAUCCCAUUUCACACCCAUUUCCUGCUGUUUGAUUUUAUAGAUUUUUUUUCUUGUUACCCUCAUUGUAAUCCUUCUUGUUUUUAAAGUGUGCAAAAAAAACAAACAGAAUCCUUUUGACUAAUAGAUUAUGUGGGAAGCUGAGUGUAUUUUAAGUGUGCUCUUCACUGUCUUUAUGAACAUCUUAACUCUUGAGAUAUAGCUAACUCACUAUAACAAUUCUAUGCAUCAGCUUAGCUGUGGUUGGAGGAGCUGUGUUGGCUAAAUUUAAAUGGGAACAGAAAUUGUGCCGUUAUUUGGCAAAGCCAAACUUGUGGCAACCCUGGGCAUGCAUAGCGCUGUGUUCUGGUAAUAAUUAAAUGAACGAAUGAAGGAUUCUCCUAUUGUGGAGAGUGUAUGGACCCUUUUGGAAACACCUCUGAUCUGACUGAUCCGGAAGUUAUAGUUCGAAUAAGCCAGCUGGGUGGGAAUCUCUUGGUUGAGUGUGUUUUUUUUUUUUUUUUUUUUUUUUUUUUUUUAAGCAAUUAUAUUAAAGAAGAUGGGGAAAUAUUAUAGUUCAUGUGGGAGUCCAUCUUCACUAGUUGCUUCACUACUUGGGCGUAUACAUAUAUCCCACAGAAACAGAAAAAAAAAUUACAUACAGGCAUUUACUGUCCUUGGAUGUUUGUGGAUUAUUUUUUUCUCUAUCUUUUUUUUCCCCCUUUGUUUAAAUUUGAUUUACUGGUAACCACAAAUGCCCCAAUCAUUCUGUAUCAUUCUCUGAUCUAAUAUUGUUUUCUAAAUCUGUGUUUUAAAGGGUUAUAAUCCUAGGACCGCUCAGAGAGCCUGGUGCUGGCUUCCUUACAGCUGAGCAUGAGUGCUCCACUGGCCCGGUUGUGUCUCUUUCUUUGUUUCUAGUGAAACCUUUGUAAAAAUGAAAGCAUUUGGCAAGAGAGUGGAGUGAGUGAUUGAUUUAGAGCUGCCGAUUUCUUUACCGUUUUCCAAGUGAGCGCAGUUUUAAAGCACAUGCGGAAUUGUGACCUGAGAAGCAAUCAACACUGAAUACCUUGUCAUCACAUUUAUUAUUACAUGUACAGAAUUAAAAAUCACAUUUUAAAAACCACGCUCAGCUAGUGUGCUUUGUUCGAUUGCAUCAAGCAGCUAAAAAAAAAAAGAAAUGCAAAGCCAAGUUGUCUGUCAGAGGCUAGGAGGAGAGUGAUGUCAUCUCAGAUUUCCUCUUUUUUUCCCCUGCUAUAUUUUUUCCCAUUUUUGUUUAAGCCUUCCAUCAUCCUUCAUAGCAUUUAAUAAUCCUGUUGAAUAGUCCUGGUGAAGUAAGGCUGUGUCCCAAUUGCGUAGUGCACACAUACUACAGGCUAUAUUGUCACUGUCCAAUAAAAUGCAUGUAUCUCCAAAGUGAUUACAGGAGAAUGCUAAAAAGUUCACUUUGAAUGGAAGUUAAUGUAAAUAAGAGUUGUUGUUUUUUUUCCCCCAGUAAUUUCAGAGCAUUUCUGUUGGUCUGUUCUUCCAGAAUUCUUUGCACAUUGUACAGAUUAGCAAUAGAGUUCCAAUGAAAACUAAAAUGCACAAAAAGGGAGAACAUGUUAUGUUGGACAGUGAUUUACUAUAUACUAAUCUUAAUAGAGUGGGUUCAGCAGGUUGAUACACAAAAUAUUACAUACUAACCUGUUUUGUACUAAGAGAAAUUGAUGAAGCAUCAAAACAUACAUCACUGAAAGUACUCCAUCCGCUGCACUUGACAUUAUCAGGUGAUUUUUUUUUCCUAAUAGUGUUCCAGAUGUGAAUAGCUCAUCCCUUUCUGUUUUGCAUUGCAUUGUGGGAUAAUGGUGUGCAUCGGUGCACGCUUACUCAAAAAUGACUGAAAAAUUUGUUAGUUAACAUGAGUUAACAUAAUUUUUAUCUGUGCUACAUUCUUAAUAUUCAAACCCACUUUAGUGUUGUUAAAUAAUAUGCAAUUGGGAUGCUCCCUGUGUGUUUGAAUUGGUGAAAAAAAUUCUUAGUGUGUCCCACUGUAAUUUUGGCAGUGUGUGUGUUUUUGUUUGUUUGUGUGAAGGUAGAUCCCAGUGAAGCUGCUUCUUUUUUUAAAUUGAAGUACUGAGGGAUCUGCUUUAAAUAGUUCGGUUUUGGUUCUUAUCCAUUUGCAUUUUUUGUAUUUUUUUUUCUCCUUUUAAUUUCUUUGUUCUCCAUAACCUCAAACUCUUUUCACUAUCUGUUUAUGAUCACUACUGUUCUAUCUAUGACAUCUAACUGCAAAUAAACUGGUUUUACUUUUCAUCAGUCACAUCAGUCCUGGCUUCUACAGGCCAUCGAGUGUAUGUACCAUCUCAUGGAUCACUUUCUGAGCUGGCUUCUUUUUCUUUCUUUUGUAUCAUCAGUUGUGAAUGCUCCAUAGAUCCUUUAGCUCGUGCCGUCGUUGCAAGGGAAGUGUGACUUACGAAUGACUUUGAAAAACCUGAAAUAUAAAAUGAUUAAAGUGGUUGUUUUAGAAUAUUA